AUGAACCAUAUAGUCCGGGAUCGUAGUCAAUGGACCAAAUAUGUGCCACUUUUAAAUGAUAGACGAAUGCUGUAUUUAAUUGUUCGUUUACUAGUAUUAUUUAUUUGGCAUUUCGAUCUUAUCAAAUGUUUAUCUAAAUCACCAUACAUAAAUACAACAUCCGGAGAAUUUUUCGGUCAACAAAUAAUCGUCAGAAAUGUUUUUGUACACCGGUUUUAUGGCAUACCCUAUGCUGAGCAACCACAACGUUUUGAGCUACCCGUCAUGCGUUCGUAUAAUUCAACUUCAACAUACGCUACGCAGAUAACGUCCGGAUGUUUACAAGCUCCCGGUGGUCUCAAUUAUGGACCGUUUGAUUUAUCGGAUCUGUACGGCGAAGAUUGUUUAACAUUAAAUAUAUUCAUUCCGCACGACGAACGAGCAAUAAAAAAGAAGAAGGCAAUUAUGGUGUUUUGUCAUGGUGGUUCGAAUCAAGUUGGAAGUGCAUCGUUGUUUGAUGGUAGUGUAAUAGCAGCAUUAGGUGACGUUAUUGUUAUCAGCAUUAAUUAUCGUCUAAAUAUAUUCGGCUUUUUAUCGCCGGACAAACAUAUAAUGAAAGGAAAUUAUGGAUUGCAAGAUCAAUUAUUGGCACUCAAAUGGAUAUCGAUAAACGCUGAGCUGUUUAACGGUGAUAAUCAACUAAUAACAUAUGUAGGACAUUCAGCAGGUGCCGCAAAUGUUGCCUUAAUGGCGAUGUCGAAAAAAUCAAAAGGUUUGAUACGUCGUGUUAUCUCACAAAGUGGAUGUCCAUUAAAUUUGUGGGCAAUUGAUCAUAAUCCGUCUAUAAGAUUUAAUAAUGCUGCAAAACGUAAUGGUUUCAAAAUAAAAAAUGAUGUUGCUAGUAAACGUGCCAUAGUUCAAGGUUUAAAAAAUCUGUCAUCGAAUGAGUUUCGAUACAUGUAUCAUUCAGGACUGGAAAUAUCGCCUGAGUAUCCAUUUCCAAUAAUCGAUGAUGAUAUAUUAGAAUCGAAUUUAGAGCAGAUGAUACACGAUGAACCAUUUCGAAGUGUAGACAUGCUAAUUGGUGUUACAGCUGAUGAAGCGUUGUACUUCGCAGAAGAACACAUAUUUCAUCAUUAUUUACCAAGACAAUAUCGAAGUACUCCUACUCCUACGUCUUAUAGUACCAUCACCACUUCAACAUCCGUAACUGCAAUGAAAGGUCAAAUGGACAACGAAGUACAACCAAGAGGAUUUAUGUAUUUUACAAAAAAUAAAUAUAUCAGAAAGUAUCUACAAACAAAUUAUCCUCAUCAUUUGUGUUUUUAUGAAGAAAUAGAACGACGUUAUAUGCCGAAAACUAAAUCAAACCUAAGUGAAAUAUCACAUUUAUACACCAGUUUAGUCAGUGAUUUAAUGUUUUAUUAUGAUUUAAUACGUUUUUUGCAUGAACGACUGAAAUCCAAGACACAAGCAAAGACCUAUGCAUAUUAUUACACCUAUCCUCCUAUAUUUGAUUUAGAAAAUGUUUUGAGAGGUCCAGAUUUAGUUGGACAUUUUGCUGAAUUAGAUCUAACAUGGGGAGUACCAUUCUACGGUAAAUAUAAUAUAACAAAUCCUGCUUACAAUAUGAAUUUAUCCUAUACAAAAGAACAAUUUGAUUUGAGUGAACAAAUGAUACUUUACUGGACAAAUUUUGUGAAAACCGGAGAUCCGAAUAACCCAAAUGAUAUUCAAGUUCAUUGGCCACCAUAUGAACAAACAAAAAAAUCAUUUAUUAAUCUUCAUGCUUCAAAUAUUAGAACAGAAAAUCAUUAUUUAGAAGAACGUUUUCUGUUCUGGGAUACGAUACUAAAUCAUCGAACAUGUUCUCAUUUUCAAUGGUAUCACACAACAUUGCUCAACGAUAUCGAUCGAGGUAAUCGAACAGAUUCAACUCGAAUCAUGUCUUAUCGAACAGCAGUAAAUAAAAAUCAUAUUACUCCACUACAUAAACGUAAACAAAAACGUAUUGGUAAUGACAUUGAUUUAUCAAUGGUCGAUGCUGAUCUUAUCUAUGUGAGUAGUGAAGUCCUGGAUGAACAUCAGAUAACCAUAGAAGAGUUAAUUGUUCGAUUUGAUACUGAUCUGAAAACGGGUUUAACUCAUAUUCAAGCAAAACAACGUCUGAAAGAUGAAGGUCGAAAUUAUAUUGAACCACCACACGUUAGUGUUUCUACGUCUUGUCAACGUUUUUGGCUACAACCCUAUGUCCUGUUUAUAUCCAUUCUCAGUUUACUUGCCAUACUCUGUUUUGUAGCAUUUGCCAUUCAGUUAAAUACAAGACAGGAUACAACAUUUGAAAAUCUUUACAUGUUAGUCGUACUAGUUAUAUUUAUACUAUUGCCAAGUAUCUUUACAUUUGCAGUUGGUCAUAUUAGUGCAAAUAAAUUACAACAUCUUAGAUAUCAAAUUAAACAGUCAAAAUGUGAACCAAGUGAUCAAUGGGAAUGGACACAAUGGUUUAAUAUUCAUCAUCCAACUCAAAAGGGUGAAUAUGAAAUGUAUACGGCCAUACGUAGUCGUUAUCCACAAUUAGUAUGCGCAAAUCCAAAGGCAAUAUCGGCGAUAAAUCAAAUGGGAGUGGAUAUGAAUAAUACACUCGAUGUUAUUGUUAUUCGAAAUUACGAUAUAUUUUGUUUAAACAAUUACGAUACCAAAUAUCAACGAAAAUUAUGUGAUGAUUACAGUGUCAGAUAUUGUUGUCCACAAAAGUCAAUAGUAGAAAAAAGUUCAUAUUUUUUAGAUAUUUUACCACAUCAAACAAAUUCUGUUCGUCCAUUACCAUCAUAUAACAAUAAACAGCCUAUAUGUGGAAAAGUACCGAUUAUACCUCAAGCAUCGAACAAUUUCUUAAUGACAUUAUACAAUUCAAUUAUGUCUAAAAUUAUAAAUGGUGUAGAAUCAAAACCCAAUACUUGGCCUUGGUUAGUCUCAAUCGGUAUUCGUUAUCGAACAAAUAAUGGUUUAUGGCAAAAUCGAACGCAUAUUUGUGGUGGAACACUCAUUGAACAAUCACAUGUACUAACGGCUGCACAUUGUUUAGAACAAAAACUAGAUGAUCGAUUUGUCCCAUUUACAACAGCAAAUCCAACAUUGGAAAGUUUUUUUGUUAUUCGAAUUGGUAUUCAUGAUAUUCGUUUAACACGUUCAGAUGAAAUGUAUACUGCAAAAAAAGUAUGGAUACACGAAAAUUUUGUAUCAAGUACAUUUGAAAAUGAUAUUGGGAUUAUAAGAUUAAAUCAGCCAGUGCCACUUAAUCAUCAUACAAGUCCGAUUUGUUUACCAACAAGUACAACAUCAAGAAAUUUAGAAGCGGGAAGUUCAGUUAGUAUUGCUGGUUGGGGAACUAUUUCUGAAUCAUCACGUGUACAUUCAAAUGUAUUACGACAAGCAGACGUAAAUUUAUUAGCUCCACGAUUAUGUCGAGUAUAUACAGAUGUUAAUUUUGAUGAACAAAAACAAUUGUGCGCAGCAGCUUUAGAUUGGUCAAAAGAUACUUGCGCUGGCGAUUCUGGAGGUCCUUUAAUGUUUCAAGAAAAUGGUACAUGGAAUAUUGGUGGUAUUACAAGCUAUGGUUUCGGUUGUGCAAAAAGAAAUUUUCCUGGUCAAGUUGAUGUGAAACGUGAAGGAGCAUUAGAAAGAAUUCAUUCUGAAAAUCUUGUACGUGGUGAUAUUAUCCAUGUCAGAGGCGGUGAUCGUGUAGCGGCUGAUAUUCGAAUUGUACAUUCAUCUGGUCUGUUGGUUGAUAAUUCCAUCAUAACGAAAGAUGCUGAUCCUGCUUCAAAAUCAGCUGAUUUCACAAGUGAAAAUCCAUUAGAAACAAAUAAUUUAAUUUUAUGUGGUACAAGUGUUAUCUAUGGAACAGCCAUUGGUAUUGUUGUUAAAACUGCUGAACAUACACUUUUGGGCAAAAUGUCCAAUAUUACUGAAAGUCUUGAUCCUAAGCGAACGAUUUAUGCUCGAACAAUUCGAGCUAUUUUUCUUGCAUUAACCGUACUAGGAUUAGCAUUAGGCUUGAUAUUUUUUAUUGUUCUCUAUGCAACCGGUUAUUAUUGGUUGUAUGCUGUUCAAAUUAUGAUAUCUGUUUAUCUUGCAUGCAUACCAGAAAUAUUGCCAGCCAUUGCUCAGUUGUGUUUAACACGAACAGCUCAACAUAUGGCCACAAGAAAUUGUUUGGUGAAGGUUAUAGAUGCGUUGUACGAUCUGGCAUGUACAACAAUAUUAUUUAUUGAUAAAUCAGUGUUAACUACAAAUAAAAUGGCAACGAGUCAAAUUUGGAUACCAUCGAAUCAAGAGCGAAUUAUUUCAGCAGCACCUACAGAUGAUUCAACUGUUAUUGAGGAAUUUCGUUCAAUGCCAGGUUGGCAAAAUAUUAUGCGUGCAGCAGUAUUGUGUUGUAGAGCGGAAUAUUUUACUGAUCAACAUAAUACGAGUCGACAAGUAUCUUUUGGCGAAUGGGACGGUGAUGCAAGAGAAAUAGCCCUAUUAAAGUAUGCUGAAUAUGCUGAACUUGAUAUUCUAGAAAUUAAACGAUUGUAUCCAAGACAGAGAAUAUCACAUUUUACACCAGAAACAAAACGAAUUGAAUCAUAUCAUUUUAUCAAUGAAACCAAUCUGAUGGUAAACCUUGAUUGUAUGAUGGGUGCACCUGAACGUGUGUUUGGCCGUUGUGCGACAGUUUAUGUCAAUGAUGAUGAAAUCCCGAAAGAUGCAAAUAUGGAACGAUUAUUUAAUGAAGCCUGUAUACAAAUGGGUUCACUUGGAGACACUGUUCUCGGUUUUGCUGAUAGACAAUAUAAUCGAGGCGAUGAAAAUCAAGAAACAUGGCGUUUUCUUGGUUUAAUAUCAUUGAGCGAUCCAAUACAAGAAAACGUUAUAACAGCUAUUGAAAAAUGUCGUUUAGCCGGAGUUAAAGUAAUAUUGAUUACUGGUGAUCAUCCAGUUACAGCAUGUGCACUAGCUAAACGAUUAAAAAUAUUCUCACCAAAUUCUGAAACUGUGGAAGAUAUAGCCAUGCGACGCGGUGUUCCUCUCGAGCGUGUGGCAGCUCGAGAAGCGGAUGCUAUAAUUAUUCAUGGUCGUGAUAUUCAAGCUAUAUCACAACUAGAAUUAGCUGAUACAAUAAUAAAUGCACCAGAAGUGGCGUUUGCUCGUACAACAUUGCGUCAAAAACAAAAAAUAGUUGAAUGUGCUCAACUUGGCAGCGCUGUUGUAACAUGUUUUUGUCAAUCAGCCGAUGAUCGUGGUGCAAUUAGAAAAGCCGAUGUUAGUGUAGCUAUGUUGAAAGGCAGCAGUGAAUCAAGUCGACAAGAAGCUGAUCUCGUUUUAUUAGAUAAUGAUCUGAAUACGUUAGUGGCUGCUAUUGAAGAAGUUCCCUUUUUAAUGUUUCUUAUUUUACAAAUACCUUUGACACUUGGUCCAAUAACAUUAUUAAUUAUUGAUCUAAUAACAGAACUUUUACCAACAAUAAGUUUGGCAUAUGAAAAACCAGAAUCUGAUAUAAUGACAAGAGGACCAAUAGAUAAAUUUCGAGAUUUAUUGAUCAAUCGACGUCUAUUAUCGUUGGUUUGGGGACAAAUUGGAAUGUUACAAGUAUCAGCUGGAUUUUUCACCUAUCUUGUUGUUAUGGCCGAAAAUGGUUUUUGGCCAUCAAGAUUACUUGGCAUUCGUAAAGCAUGGGAUGCAGCAGCCAUAAAUGAUUUAGAAGAUUCUUAUGGACAAGAAUGGACUUAUCGUCAACGUAAAUUAUUGGAAUACGUCGGUUAUGCAUCAUUUCUUGCCGCAAUUAUUAUAGUUCAAAUAGCUAAUUUAUUAGUAUGUAAAACUAGACGAUUAUCAUUAUUUCAACAAGGAAUUCGAUCGAAUGUAUUUGUUAUUUUUUGUAUUAUUUUUAUGCCAACAGUUGCUGUUGCACUAAUUUAUAUUCCGGGUCUUAAUCGUGCACUUUUCUUGGAACGAUUACAACCUCUAUGGUGGCUACCACCUAUUCCAUUUGCCAUCAUGAUAUUUAUUUAUGAUGAAAUACGUAAAUUAAUGAUUCGAAAACAUCCCGAAGGUUGGGUAGCACAGGAAACAUAUCAUUGA